GGCUCACGGGCCUCCUCAUCACGCGAAUUGCCUAGGGUUUUUGCCAGCCGCCGCCGCCACCUCCUGCACUCGUUAACCACCGAAGCACAACGAUGACGGCGCAGACCGCCGAGGAGCUCGCUGCCCAGAUCGAGCAGGAGCAGCUCGAGGCGAAGAAGACAGAGGCAGAGGAGGUUGUAGUUGAGGAUGACGAGGACGACGACGAUGAUGAGGACGACGACGAUGACAAUGAUGAUGUGGAGGGGCAAGAAGGUGAUGCCAGUGGCAAAUCAAAGCAAAGCAGGAGUGAGAAGAAGAGCCGCAAGGCAAUGCUGAAGCUUGGCAUGAAAUCCAUUACCGGUGUAAGCCGUGUCACUGUGAAGAAAAGCAAGAACAUACUGUUUGUCAUCUCCAAGCCAGAUGUCUUCAAGAGCCCAAAUUCAGAAACGUAUGUUAUUUUUGGUGAGGCCAAGAUCGAGGAUCUCAGCUCCCAGUUGCAGUCCCAGGCUGCUGAGCAGUUCAAGGCUCCUGACCUGAGCCAAAUGAUCUCAAACCCUGAGGCAUCGUGCUUGGGGCACGAUGACAACGAGGUUGUCGACGAGGAAGGAGUUGAGCCAAAGGACAUUGAGCUGGUGAUGACACAGGCAGCUGUCUCGAGGGCCAAGGCCGUCAGGGCUCUCAGGGCAGCGAAUGGAGACAUUGUCACAGCCAUUAUGGAGGUGACGAACUAGGGGGUCUUGGGAAGUUCUGUUUUGGACGUAGUUGAACUUUUUGUCUUCGAUCGAUUUGCAGCUUGAGCGUUAUCUGCUGACUAUAUUUCGCUUGGAUAACAUCAUCAUGUUUGCUUCUCUGUUAAGGUCAUUUCAACAUGAUUCUACUUGCAGUUCAUACCGUCUUCCCUAGCACUGGUAUCUCUCAGUCGUGCCAUAGUUUUCUUUGCAUGCUAAUGUAGCACAUCUAGAUUUAAAUGGAAUCAUUCAUUCUUUUU